GUAAAUCAUUACUUUUCACCUCUGGUAGUGACAGUUUAACUUCUUCUGCACAGGGGCAUGAGGCAGCAGCAGCUCAUUUGCAUUUACAGCUACAGACACUGAAAUAGGAUGGUUUGGAUCAGGAGUGAAACGGACAGAUGUUCAGGCAUGCCAGAAUGCAUGAGUGUUUUUUUCAGCUGGGAAACUAACAGACAUUCUUUAUUGACAUGUAAGACCUACAGUAUGUUAAAAACAUGACCUUAAAGUGUCAUUUACAAUCCACUAUCUACUGUAAAUAUUACCUCUGCAGUGUUUCAAGAGGUUCAGGGUCACCUGAUGGUAUUUAAAGAGCAGACAAUGUGGCACACUCUCUGUACAUGGCAACAAUGGCAAAGGUAGUCCUGGCUUCAGCAUUAGCCCUGCUGAUUCAUAUGCAGCUUGGUUCAGCUUACAUUUUAUCAUGCUACUUCACCAACUGGGCGCAGUAUCGUCCCACUCCCGCCACCUACAUGCCUGGUGACAUCGACCCUUGUCUGUGUACCCAUCUUCUCUAUGCCUUCGCUACCAUGACCAGUGACUACAAGAUUGCUAUAUCUGAGUGGAAUGAUGUGGCGCUCUACAGCCAAUUUAAUGCCCUGAAAAACAAAAACAGCAAUUUGAAAACUCUGUUGUCAGUGGGUGGGUGGAACUUUGGCUCCUCAGAAUUUUCUGCCAUGGUAGCUGUUCCUGCUAACCGCCAGACUUUCAUCAAUUCUGUAAUUGCCUUUCUGAGGAAGUAUGAUUUUGAUGGAUUGGACAUUGACUGGGAGUAUCCGGGUAACAGGGGAAGCCCAGCAGAAGAUCAGCAACUGUUCUCUAUUCUGUUAGUUGAAAUGAGGGCUGCAUUUGAUGCAGAGGCAAAGCAGACAAGCAGAGACACACUCUUGAUGUCUGCUGCUGUCUCACCAGUUCGAAGCACCAUUAACACCGCUUAUCAAAUUUCUCAGCUUGGCCAGUAUCUGGACAUGAUUAACGUCAUGACCUACGACAUGUACGGCUCAUGGGAUUCUUUCACAGGAGAGUGCAGCCCCCUGUACAGGGAUUCUUUUGACAGUGGUGACUACAUUUACUUAAAUGUGGACUAUGCAAUGAAUUACUGGAAGAACAAUGGUGCUCCUGCAGAGAAGCUUAUUGUUGGGUUCCCCACCUAUGGGAACACUUUUACUCUGAAAAACCCUGCCAACCAUGGAAUUGGAGCUCCAAUCUCUGGAGCUGGAACACCAGGACAAUACACUCAGGAAGCUGGGGCAUUGGCUUAUUUUGAGAUCUGUAGCUUCCUGCAAGGGGGUGCAACUGAGGUGUGGAACUCUCAACAAGAUGUGCCCUAUGCCUAUCAGGGAAACCAGUGGGUUGGUUAUGACAAUAUAGAGAGUUUCCAGUUUAAGGCUCAGUGGCUGAUGGAGAGCCACUUUGGUGGUGCUAUGGUGUGGACCAUUGACAUGGAUGACUUUUCGGGCACUUUCUGUAACCAGGGCAAAUACCCUCUAAUUAAUGUGCUUCACAAGGCCUUUAACCUGGAUCAACAACCCUGCAAUUCCCAGACAACUCCACCUCCCCCAACAACACGAGUGACCACAACAACCCCUAGUUCUAGUGGAAGAACUAGCGACAACAGUGGCACCAGCGGGAUGAACAGCUCGUUCUGCAUUAACAAAGCCAAUGGUCUGUACCCAUUCAUCCCCAACCCGAACAAGUUCUAUGUGUGUAACAGAGGCAUAACUUAUUUCCAGCACUGCCCAUCUACCCUGGUGUUUGACACAAGCUGCACAUGCUGCAACUGGAACUAUGCUUAAUACUUUUAUUAAAUCACUGAUUUUGCCCUGUGUUUUGAUUUCUGUAAUAUCUGGAAGGGUACUAGCUUAAUAAAAAAAUAACUGUAUUCAUGGGUAUUUACCAUAAGAUGGUUGUUGCUUUAUAAGCAGGAAACCCGAAUUCAUAGCCACAAGAUGCUUAGGUUUAGGAAGCAUCACUGUUCAUUCCCUUUCUCAGGAUUGUUUAAUCAUCUGUAAUAAAGGUUAUGAAAUGGUUAUGCUUGUUUUCUUUUGAUUUCUUUAAAAUAGGGUGGUAAGAUCUUUUUACCAUGUUAAAUGCAUACAUAAAAAAAAAACAAUAAAACUGUACCUGGGAACUGUAAGUGUGAGUGUUAAGAAUUGUUUAAGGCACAUAAAUUUUGGUUCAAACAAACAAAAAACAAACAAAAAAACAAACCUUCUUUCGGGCCAGAAGAUGUGAAGCUGCUCAUUCUGUUGUUUAUCAUAAUAUGUCCUUAGCUGCAUUGUAAUAUUUUCAUUAUUGGAACUAUAGCCAAAAUUUGUGGAUGUAGACAUGUUGGGGAUCUGUUUAUUGAAAAUUUAACAUUUUAUUUUAUUUCUGAUUAAAAGAAC